AUUUAACUGAUUUCAUUUUAAAUCAUUAUUCUUAAUGUUUAGUUUUGGGAAUAAAACUCAUCCAGAUUCUACCCACAGUCAGCAAAGUUUAUUUUGAGUUUUCAGCUAAUAUUUUUUUUAUAUUUCAAGCUUCUCCUCUGUUUAUAGAUUAUUCUAAACAACCAAUGAGUCUUUAUGAGAUCAGAAUAUCUACARACCUUUAUGAAUUUUAUGCUUACAGGUUCUAUUGUUGGGAUAACGGAAGGUCGUGUGCAAGGAAAACCUGAUCAGCCCAGGCACAGUUUUCUGCUGAAAGCUGAGAAUCAGUCUCUACCACUUUGCUUCAACAUUGACGAAGAAACCACUCUGAAACUUUUCCACCAUCCUAGCAGCCAGCUGCUUAUCGUUGGUCAGCCAAACAAAGAUUCAGACAGUGGCUUUGGAUUGAUUACAGUCCACCUGCAAAACAGUGAAAUUCAAAUUAAUGGAAAUGGAAUUGUAACAGGACCAACAGGCAGCACCGGACCUGAUCAGAUCACAGCUGGAAGUGUGACAGUGACCAAGAGGGACAAAGAAAUCGAUGUUGUCUCCGACGACAUGCACAUCCUCAUCUUAGUCCACGAGAAGCAUGGCAAGAAUUUCCUUUGGCCAGUUUUAAAACAGAGGCCGUCUGCCAACAACACUGAAGGAAUUUUAGCUGUAAAGCCUGUAGAUUAUGAGGUGAAACCCCAGUCUUCACAACUGAAAAUCCAUGGCCAAGUGUUUCCUUCCAUAAGUUACUUUGCUGUAGACAACAGUGUGUCCCCUCCUGCAUUAACACAAUGCUGGCUGGUUGAUCCCGAUUUAGUUCUGCAGAGACCCCUGGACGAAUUUCUUCUUCACAGCAAGCAUGUUGGAUAAUUUUAAAAUGUAACUGAGAAGAAUUCACAAAGCAAACAUUGCAAAGUGUGUCUGACAUUAAAAAAAUCUACAACUUUUUUGUUUUAUAUGUACACAAUGAAAUAAUAAAGCAGUCAUGCACUGUAAAUAAU